AUGAAGUUCCAAAGAUCACUACCAUAUCUCCUGGGCUUCAGCACCGCGGCCUCGGCGCUACCCCAAAGUCUGUCCGAAAGACAUGCAGGCGCAGCUACAAGAGCAACCGUACCAACAAUCUGGAUUGCAGGCGACUCUACGACCGCGCCGGAUGGCGGUCACAACGGUACGGAAGGCUGGGGCCAAUAUCUCCAAUACUCUUUCGGCGCCAACGCGAAAGUAAACAACUCCGCUUAUGCCGGACGAUCCGCGCGCUCGUUCACACGCGAAGGGCGUUUCGACAGAAUAGCCAAAGCCCUCCAACCCGGCGACUGGGUCAUAAUCGAGUUCGGCAUCAAUGACGCCGGCACGCUUCAAAAUGGGUCCACAAGCUCAACAGGAGAUAAAGGUCGACCGUCAUGCCCUGGUGUAGGCGAUGAGACAUGUGAAGUGACUUUCAAGUAA